AUGUCAUACACGUUCUCCAUUCUGUCGCCUCUCGAUGUUCCUCUCUUCACGCACGACUUCGGUACCUCACGCAGCGGCGGCACCGGUGUCGCGAACUAUACCCCCGCCGAGCGCGCCCUCGUCCCGUUCAUCCUACACUCGUCCCUCGAUAUAGUCGAGGAAGUACAAUGGGGCCCUUCUACAUCCAGUGGUUCCGCGCCCAUGUAUCUUAAGCACAUCGACAAAUACCAGAACUGCUUCGUGUCGUGCUGGAUCACCGGCGGCAAUACACGCUUCCUUCUGCUCACAAGACCACGGGACGAAAGUCUGGGGCUAACGAGUGGAGGUGCUGGAGGCGCGAGGGGAAGUCUAGCGGGUGGAAGAGCUGCUUUGGGAGGAGGUGCUGGUCUAUACAACCCGAGUAGCCCAGCCACGGAAGAAGCUGUCAAGAACUUCAUGGUCGACGUAUACGAGGCAUGGGUCAAGACUAUUAUGAAUCCCUUUUUUGCUGUGGGUAAUGGCGAAGUCAUCAAGAGCCCGGUUUUUAGACAGAGAGUUGCGACUGCCGCAAAGAAAUAUCUAUGA